AACAGCAACGCCGCGCCGCGGCCCCGAUCAGGAAGUGAAUUUGAAGAAAAUAAGCGACUGUGGAGGUAGAAUGACAUAGAGGGGGAGAGGUGGGAGAGAAGCAAGCGGAGAAAGAAGAGACUAACAGAGGGAGGGAGCGACCCUGUUUCUGGACCCAUAUUGAGCUGUUCCCCCUCUGGGAUAUACUGCACCGCCAAAAAAUGCUCAUAAAGGAAUUUCGAGUGCUUCUUCCCAUCUCUGUGGAAGAGUAUCAAGUGGGCCAGCUGUACUCUGUGGCUGAGGCCAGUAAGAACGAGACAGGCGGAGGAGAAGGAGUGGAGGUGUUAAAAAACGAGCCCUACGAGAAAGAUGGAGAGAAGGGACAGUACACACACAAAAUUUACCAUUUGCAAAGUAAAGUGCCAUCAUUCGUUAGAAUGUUGGCUCCAGCAUCAGCUCUCAACAUCCACGAGAAAGCCUGGAACGCAUAUCCAUACUGUCGCACAGUCAUCACUAAUGAGUAUAUGAAAGAUAACUUCCUCAUUAAGAUUGAGACAUGGCACAAACCUGACUUGGGACACCUUGAAAAUGUACAUGGGCUUGAUGCUGAAACCUGGAAGAAAGUGGAUGUAGUCUACAUUGACAUUGCAGACAGAAGCCAAGUGGAGCCUAAGGACUACAAGCCAGAGGAGGAUCCAUGUAAGUUCAAGUCAGUGAAGACAGGACGAGGUCCUCUAGGACCCGACUGGAAGAAGGAACUUCCUAACAAGAAAGACUGCCCACACAUGUGUGCCUACAAACUGGUCACUGUCAAAUUCAAGUGGUGGGGCCUGCAAAAUAAAGUGGAGAAUUUCAUUCAGAAGCAAGAGAAGCGUUUGUUCACCAACUUCCACCGUCAGCUGUUCUGCUGGAUCGACAAAUGGAUUGAAUUGAACAUGGAAGACAUUCGCCGUAUGGAGGAGGAAACACGCAGGGAGCUAGAUGAGAUGAGAGUGAAGGACCCAGUGAAAGGGAUGGUGGCACUAGAGGACUGAGGUUGUGUCGAACUGUGAAUGCUGCUGCUCAUCAGACCAGUAUACCCAGACACCAGCGGAUUCACAUCCUCCUUCUGUUCCAACUGACACAACAUCUGGCCGUCUGGUCCAAACCCUUCUAUCCUGGUACAAUCUGGUUUUCAGGGAUUCUGGACCCAGUUUUAAGCUGAUAUACUCCACCUCAUCCCACCUUCCCUCCUUACAUCCCAUCCAUCUCUAGUAUUUUUUUUUUAUUUUCCAUCCAGUGUUCCCAUCUUAUUGAAUUCUCUGAGGCCUCCAGUAGCAACAGUAUAGAUCCUGUCAGUCCGUCCUCUUUCUCUCUCAGUCUAUAAACUGUUCUAAACUACAGAGGAUAGUGUCCCUUAUCUCUGCAAUUUAGGAUUUAUUUCUACUUAAGAUAUUCCAGUGGUGUAUAUAUACAGUAUAUUGGGGAGCUGAAUAACUGUAUUGAAAUAUAUAUAUAUAUAUAUAUAAAUAUAAAUAUAUAUAAACAGGGUUUUUAAAAUGAUUUUGUCUGUAGGUUUAACUGUGGAUGUUUUAUUUUUUCCAAACCAAGCUGUAUCUCCUGUGUUGCAUUUUGAUCUUGUGAUUUUUCAUUCUCUUUUUCUGUCUUUUUUUUUUUUUUUUCUUGGUUUGUCAUUGUACCUCCUCCACUCAAUUUGUGUCUCACUUUAUGCAGUGUUUCCUUUUGUUGUUAAAAAUCAAUUUGCAAGUCUACAAACCGCAGUUGUACGGUUGGGAUUUCUCUUAGAGGGUUACUCGUCUCUACUCUACUUCUGUCCUAACGCAAAGGACUUUUUUCCCUCCUUGCUGUGUUGAGACAUUCAUUGGUUUUUUCAGCUGCUUUGUGAGUUUGUGCGUGCGCGCUUCUGUUUUUUGUGUGCGUAUAUGUGUGUGAGUGUUUAGCGUCGGUUGGUCAUGGAGUUUUCCUGGCUUCUCUUUCAAUAGAUCAUUUUAUUCUUCUUUAAAGUCAGUUUAAUCAGACUGUUUUCAACUGCACUAACUAGUAGGCUGAAGGCUGCUCAUGAAAAUAAACACAUGCAUACAUAUGAAAUACAGAGAGAGAGAGAUAUCGUCCAUAAAGAGAAACAGAAAUACAGUAUAUAACUCCGCAACGGAAAGUGUACAGCGAACAACUAGAAGUGCUAUAACAGAGUGCAGGGCUGUCUUUGCCAUCUGACUCAUCUUUUUUGCUGCACAUCUAUUAGCGGUCAUGGCAGCUGUCAUGAAACAUAUAUAUACAGUUCCUCCCUCUCACUGUAGUUUGAUAAAAGGUAAAAAUUCAAUGUGAUCUGCAUCAGUUCUUGCCCUGCCUCCCAUUCCUUCACCUCCAGUGGAUAAAUGGUCUUAUCCAGCGAUAGCAAUAAAUACCAUGACACUUUGGUCUCUUCUUUAUCUUUGCAAAUCUAUCUUCCUCUACUGUUUGUUCAGAUGGUGUGAACAGUUUCAGUAAAGUAGAGCCCAAGCUGAAGGUCAAGAUUGGAUAAGUUGUUGAUGAAUUAUUCAUUAAAUACAGUUUUUUUUUUUUUUUUAAUUGUGUCUGUAUUUGGAUGAGGCGGGGUUUUCUCCUGCAAAAUUCUCAAGUGUGAUAUCAGUAACAGUGUGGUUUCACAGUAUACGUAUGCAUGAGUGAUGUACAGUUGUGUGUCUUUGAAGAGAUCUGGUGAUGGCUUUUAAGGUCAGGAAGAAUGAAUGGAAAUCAAGGAGCGGUAACAGCAGGCGCCAUCCUUCUCCCGGUUAUUGACAUGUUUGGCCUCCUCAGUCCUCAGUUACCCUCUGUAGGUUUUUUUCAUUGUCUGUUUACUUUCCCACUGCAUCUUGUGACAGUGUGGACACUUUAAAGAGUGAGCGAUGUGCAACUUAAAAAAGGCCAAAGCCAUAAUGUUAAUUUAGCACAACUCCGAUUCAUACUUUUAGAUUAUAAACAUAAUGAAUGGAGCAUCUCAAGUGUCGAUGUGUAAGAAAAAUUCAUGUACAGAUUUUUGAAUGAAACAGAGAGACGUCAAAAGAUAUUUUGCACUGAUCAAAAUGUCAAAUUUGACCACGCCUAGAUGAUAUAUCUUCAUUAACUGUAUUCUUUGGCAGAGUGAAAAACAGCAAGUAAAUUUUCUUUAGUGACACUGAGAACAUAUAGAUGAUAGAUUGUCAUUAAGUGUUGCUCUUACCAUUAGUGGCAGCUCUGUUUUUCUUUUAACAAAUCAACAGUGACAUUUAUGUUGUAAUGCAUUGUAUGCCUGCCAGAUUAAGUUUAUAGACAGAAAUAUUUGGAGCCAUUUCCUGUUGCCCCCUCUUUAAAGAAAACACUGUCCCUCGACGUCCAACCACCCCACCCCUUUCUCUCUCUCUGUUUCCAUCAAACAUCUCAUUCACUGUCUGUGAUGGGGCUAUCAACUGAACCAUGGAGAUUUGUGGAUGUACUGUAUGUAUUGACAUUGUAAAUAGUAAAUAAAUGUAGAUGAACACAUAUAUAUAUAGAUCAAACUGUCCUGCCAAACCUACAGCACACCCUCCUGGCACUCUCCUAUUCCUACAUGACCAAACUGCUCGAACAGAAGACUUUUUGAAAUUUAGUGCUGAUAAGAAAUUUUAGAAAUACCAUCAAAUGUAGACAUAAAUAUUGCUGUAGAAGAUUUUUGCUUCAGAUUUCAGGGUGCUCCAGCAAAGCAAUAACUGUGGAUGUUCUCGCACAGAUGUAUGAGAUUGCUCAAACAUCCUGGACUGACUUUGCAAAUCAGCCAGAAAAGCAGUGGACAACGGAGCUGCUCUGUGUGGUUUUUAGAUUUUAGAUCUUCCUCCAAGUCGAAGAAAAUAAUUCAGCAAAACACCCUGUUCGUUUUCGCUUUUUUCCUCUCCUUUCUCGCUUCCCUUCCUCUCAGUGUGGGACCAUGUCUCAUUGGCAGGACAGUGUAUGAAUAUAUAUUUUUGUUCUGAAUGUUGUACCUCUGUUGUCAGUCUCUGAACUACACUCGCUUCUCUCGCUGAAAAAGGAACCUAUAACGGCAGCUUGGGUCAGUUCAUUGAUCCACAUAAUAAGCUGAUGGUGUCGGCCCAAAGUGGAGCCUCGGUGUGAGUUUUGCGCUCCUGUGGUUACUGAUGGGGAUCAAAACUGAUUAUUCGACAUUUAGGAGCAUUUUCCACUCGGUGCUUGAAUGUUGGAGUAACUACAGAGAAAAAAGUUAAAGCAAUUAGAUACUGACUAUAUAUAGGUCCAUUUUAAGAGCCUGAAGAUACCAUACAAGCCUGUGAGAGAACAUUAACAGAGACAAUCUCAUAGAUAUCUGUUGUUAGAUUCCCCAAUUUAUAAUCAGAAUAUGAAACCAAAUGAUUCCACAAUCCCAAGCAGUUUUUAAAUCGUUAAAUCUCUCUCUUUCUCUCUCUCUCUUACUCUCUCACUCACUCCUGUUGAAUUGUCUCCUGUUUUUCUUUCUUUUAUUGUGAAUUUGUGCCUUUUUGUCAUCUUAUCUUCCAAUAACACUACUGUACAUUGGAGAAGUAAAGAAAUGAAUAAAAAGAAGUAAAGCAAC